CAGGUGGACGCGCAGGCCUGGAGCUGUCAUUUUGGCGCUGGUAAGUUGGAGUUGGAAGCCGCGUCAAAUGCAACCCAAACCGAUUCUCAAGCGCCAGCGAUGCACAUGCCUCCGACGUUGAUCAUUUUGCUAGCAUUUACGUGCCCCGUCGAAUUGUAAAUCCGUGUUCACAUCAUGUAUCCAGGCGGUUGCGCACGCCUAAGGCUGUUGUUCUGGCGCUGCACCAACGAUGCACGUGCCACAUCGAUUCCGAUUCCUACUGCUGUGUCGUGCUUUCGUAGUGCACGUACGACAAACACAACCCAACUCGCCAGCGCUAGCAAAGCGAAUGCUAGUCAAGUUCCCCGCGCUUAUUCACUCCAACAGCCCUGGCACACCUAGUGCGCCUAACACUAGGGACACCACCCACCGCACAAGUAAUCCCAACUCGCUCAACUCGCCCGAGGCGCCCUCCACCAACUUACCCGAGUUGCCCAACUCUCCCGACUUGGCGUUCGAGCGUUCGAACGCGUUCAUAAGGGUUCGGUCCAGCGUUCACCCUCCUUGCCUGAACAUCAAAACAUCUCACAGAAACACGCAUGACUCAUACCCUCUAUUAUAGAUAUUAUAUUGCGCACCGUAUAGUAAUACUGCUUGCAUCAUGUAUUUUGGACCCAGACCGUAGCUGGAAUCCACUGAUUUACCACCAUCC